CGGGCAAAAGCCUCGGCGCGUUCCUAGCGAGCGGACGCUCGGCUAUUUGCUCGCGGACUACUCGCUCUCAUUGUCCGGCAACGGCGCGCGCGAAGCUAAUUGAUUAAUUCGUUUCCCGCCGUUUCUGCCAGCACGCACGUCUCUCAGUUCCGAGGAUUGGUUUCCAAGCUCGGCUUUCUCGCGCUUUUCAUCGCGGAGUGACGGUGAUUGUGCAUCAGCGGUGUGAUUCUAUAGCGGCUCUGUAUAACAAAAGUAGUGCUGCUGCUGAUGGUCCAGUGCUAUAAUUUUCAUCUCGAGGGAACGCGAUGAAGCUUGGAUUUGCGAUGCAUUGAGAUGGUUUAGUGCGCAGAGAGGAAGAGAGAGAGGGGGAGAAGGAAUCGAUCUGCAUAUAGAUAGCAGAGGCGAAAAAAAUUGCCAGAGCGAUGAAACGCCAGAGGAGGAAGCCGGCCCCGAGAACCUCAAGUACGAGUUACGUCUGGAAAGCGCGCAACAAAAGAUAAAAGCCGCGCGCGCGAUCACAGUGAGAAACACGAGCCAGGAAAAAUUUGCCCGACGAUGAGCAGAAGCAACGACAGCACUACGGCUGCGGCGAUGGAAGGCGAGAACGGCUACUCGUUCGGCUAUCCGUUUGCCUGGACCUUGAUCAACGGCCUCGAGAUGUACUAUCUGCCGGCACUGGUCGUAUUCGGCUCGCUCGGCAAUUGUCUCUCGGUCUACGUGGUAUUCGCCACCAAGAUGCGGCGCACGUCCUCGAGCUUUUAUCUGGCCGCUUUGGCGCUCAGCGACACCGGAUUCCUCAUGUCGGUGCUAAUAGCCUGGCUGACGCUCAUCAACGUACACAUCAUGAACCAGCAGGGAUUCUGCCAGUUCUUCGUCUAUCUCACCAACGUCUGCAGCUUUCUCAGCGCUUGGUUCGUGGUGGCGUUCACGGUCGAGAGAUUCGUCGCCGUGUGUUACCCUCUGCGCCGGCAGUGGAUGUGUACGGUCAACAGAGCCAAGAUUCUCAUAAGCUGCGUCACCGCAGCUGGUCUGGUUCUCUGCAGUCCAGUGCUGCUCUACUCCCGACCCCGGCUGCUGGAGAACUCGGCAAAGCCGGUCUGCUACAUCGCCGAGGGCUGGGACAAGGUGGCCAGUGCGCUCAACUUCCUUGACACGAUCCUCACCUUCGCUCUGCCCUUCUCCCUCAUCGUCGUGCUCAACUCUCUCAUCGUCAGGGCCGUCUGGCACGUGGAAAGCGUGAGGACGUCGCUGAAGGCCCGGGCAUCGACCAAGGACUCGCCACCGGCUGUCCACCAGGCUAGGGUCACCAAGAUGCUGCUCGUCGUCAGCAGUGUCUUCUUCUGUUUCAACCUGCCGGCCUACGCUAUGCGCGUCUACGCUUAUCUGCAGGCAGACGGUGCUGCGACGGAGGUGGAAUUUCUAGCGCAAAAAGCGUGCAACUUGCUGUUCAACACAAACUUCGGUAUCAGUUUUGGAUUGUACUGCGCGAGCGGGCAGAACUUUCGCGCUGCGGUCGCACAGCUGUUCCAUUGCCAGCGGCAGCCUAAGCUCAGACCAGGCAUAUCUAAGCGCUCCUCCACCAAUCAGAUCAAUCAUCACGGUACCGAGACGAUAAGAAUAAGCGGCUCGGUGUCGGGCGAUCACACGAUCGUCUUCGAAAAACCCUGGCGAGACUCUUUUCAGCUGAGGCCGUAUCCGCGCCCAUUGCAACGGCCCGUAGCCGUCUGCGAGUCCAUAGAAGACUGCUACACCCCCCGGAAAGACUAUACCGCGCAAAUGUGACCGGCCAAGAUUUGAUUUGUGGAUAAGCAAGCGAUGGAACCCGAACAGCCGAGAAGAUAGUUUUCUUUUAAAUCUUCGAAGUAUCGAGAGAAUGAAAGCCCGUGUGUGUGUGUGU